AUGAGUUUUUUAAAUAAUUUAUCUUUGUCUGUAUCACAAAGUUCUAAGACUUUUAUUUCUGCACCAACAGAAAAUGGCCAUGAUUCUGUAUCUGAUCCUACUCUUGUUAUGAGUAAGGAACUUAGUGAAUCUGAGCCUACAUUUUCUCAUGAAGAAAACAAUGAAAUUUCUGAAAACGAUGAUAGUGAUGAUCUAAUUGAAAUGCCACAAAAUAAUGAGUCACUUCAGGAAAACAAAUUUGAAUUAGGAAACAGGAUUUGGAAAGGGAAGGUUUUUGUGAAAAAGCACCGCAAAGGUAUGGAUGAGUCCACAUCUCAACACUGUCACAAAUCUGAACCGGGGAAUGAUCACCCUCCUAAGAAUAGGAAAGGUCUUUUUAAGGAUGGGGUCAAGUGCCUCGUACCACCUUCCACAUUGGUUAUGAUUUGUACAAAAAGAGCCCCAAAAAUGUAG